GCUACUGAUGGUGAGCCGGGAACAGCAGCCGGGAGUCGGUGUGCGGCCCGGCGGGCAUGCAUGAGUGCUAGGAGACCACCGUCUCCGCGUUCGAUCCGCGUCCGAUCGCCACGCUUCGACUUGGAGCCGUACAGGUUCAGACACUCCGGCACGCUGGACACGGUGAAACUGAUCGGGUCGUACCGGCCCGACCGUGGUCCGCUCGCGAACGGUGACGACGACGCACUGAUGACUAUCAACGAGAACCGUAAUGUGGGGGGCAACGAUGGAGCGCCCGUCGAUGGAGCACCGCUAUCGGGUGCGUCGUCCACGUCGGCCUCCUCCGUCAGCUCGUCCGAGUCGGGAACGUUCGAGCAGCCGGGGCCGGCCACGGGGGGAUCCGGUUCCCCGAGUCACUCGAUGGACGCGAUGGCGGCGCUCGAGCAGGUCAACAACAAUGCCGCCUUCGGGCUGCAGCCACCCCCAGCGUACGACGAGCGGCCCCUGGUGAACGGGUGCGAGGACAAGUGGAGCUGGAACAAGCGGGACCGCUCGAAGGAGGUGUGGCUGAGCGGGGCCAACAACCGGAAGGUGCACUUCCACCCGAACUGGAGCAAGGGCACGGCCGGGAUCCGUGGGACGCGCGUCCUCAACAAUGGCCGCUACUACUGGGAGAUCAGCGUGUCGCAGCGGGUCUUCGGGACGAGCAUGAUGUUCGGCAUUGGUACGAAGAAGGCCCGGCUACACGUCAACAUGUUCACCAACCUGCUCGGGGAGGACCGAAACGGCUGGGGUCUCUCGCACAAGGGCCUCCUGUGGCACGGCGGUAUGGCCCGGAACUACACGAAGCGCUUUAAGGAGAACCAGGCGACCAAGGUUGGCAUCCUGUUCGACGGGAUUGCCGGCACGCUGACAUACUACAAGGACGACAUCUGUCUGGGUGUGGCGUUCCGUGGUCUCAACGAGAUCCGUGAACCACUGUACCCGAUCGUCUGCUCGACGGCGGCCAAGACGGAAAUGAUCCUGACCGAGACGCGGCGCGAUUUCGUGAACCUUCAGGACCGCUGCCGAGCGGUCAUCAUCAAGCACAUCAACACGCAGGAGAAGCUCGAUCGGCUCGCCCUACCGUACUGCAUCAAGAACUAUCUGGCCGAGGCGAUCACGGACAGCAGCACGCCGUUGCGACCGCUGGAGCUGCACAUGUCGGAACAGUACCUCCUGUACUGAGGCAGCCCCACAACACAGAACAGCGUAGUUAAAUUGACCUAUUAACUAUUUGUAUUUGCUGCCGGCGCAGUGCUUGGCCGCCGCCGACCGGUCCCAUUUGGUUC